AAGACACUUGGACUCUGUUCUUCUGUACCCUCUGUUCCGUCCGUCGUUGCCAGCUUCUUCUUAUAAUAUCUCGUAUGCUCCUCCAUGAUGAAAUCCCUACGUAAAUCUCUCAAUGGAAACAGAGACACUCAUCGCCUCGAAAUUUCUACCCCUCUACCGUUACCCUCUAUAUCUAAACCUCAGAAUGCUUCUCUCCCUCCUCAAAAAGUAAUUCGUGCAAUCGCAUCAUACAGGCCACAAGGUCCUCAGCAGUUACCUUUUCAAAAGGGUGACUUUUUCUACGUCACCGGAAAUACAGAGACUCAGGGGGAUUGGUAUGAAGCUCAUAAUCCUGUAACUGGUGCAAGAGGUUUAGUCCCAAAAUCUAUGUUCGAGGAGUUCUGCAAGAGUCCAGCUGUACGCACUUCUCAUAUCAGCGUCGCAAUAAACAGUCCUACCCUCCCAAGUCCAACUUCACCUCCGAGGUCACCGAAAACUCCUGCAUUUUUCGCAAUAGUUCUCCAUGACUUCAUCGCAGAACGCGCGGACGAACUCGAUGCCAAGUCUGGUGAUUGCAUAAGCGUAGUUGCUCAGUCAAACCGCGAAUGGUUUGUUGCCAAACCUAUUGGCCGACUUGGCCGACCAGGUUUGAUCCCCGCUUCUUUUGUCGAAGUUCGAAAUCCUGCAACAAACCUUCCAAUAGACAAUGUCGACGCUUUGAUAGAUAGUGGAGAGCUACCAGGUGUCGAAGAGUGGAAAAGGGCCUUAUUCAGCUACAAAGCAAAUAGCAUAUCACUCGGCGUCAUAGAGGAACCAUCUGUACCCACUAAUCGCAACUCCCACCAGCGUCUCACCCCACAACCUGAACCCGUCUCACCUCCCCGCGCUCCCUCUCCUGUCCUUUUACCCGAGGGCAUCCUAUUAUCAGCCGACGUCGUAUCCUUCCACUAUGAAAUGGAAGAGUAUUGGUUCCGCAUAGACGCCAUCUACCAACCUUAUGACCCACAUGAUCCACAAUCCCUUCCCAAAGCCAAGCAACUCGUCCUAUUCCGAGUAUAUAAUGAUUUCUACGAUUUCCAGGUUAACUUGUUGAAAACUUUCCCUCGCGAAGCUGGCCGAGAACCGGACUCCAUCCGGAUUCUCCCCUUCAUGCCUGGUCCCGCCGAACAAGUUGAUGACGAAGUCACUGCCGCGCGACGGGAAGAGCUUGACGAGUAUCUCCACAAGCUGUGUACCCUAAACGUAGCUGGCGCCAGCUAUAUCCUUGAACAUCAGCUCGUGCGGGAAUUUUUAUCCCUAAAACCGGGAGACGUGGAACAGGAUAUCGACCCUCGCUAUGACGAGGUCAGAGCACUCUUUGCCGAAGAAGCCGCAGCAGAACAAGCCUAUUCGUCUGUUACGCAGGAAUUCGAGGAAGAAGUUCGCGAUACACUUGGGGAGAUGAAACUGUCCGACAGAGAUGAUCGGAGUGAAGGGUCAGACUAUGGGGAUGAACAUACGCCCCCUACUCAUAUUAUAUCUCGCGACUCGCAAACCAGCGCAACCCCACAACCUGGACAUCGACGGACCAAUACAGGGUCGUCCCUUCAUCGAGCGGGGUCCCACUCCAAGCAAAACGGCCACUCAUCCCCUUCAUAUCCACAUCUCGACACAUCCCGUGCCAGCGCCUACUCUCGAACAUCGUUUGCUUCAAACUCCGCGUGGCCAGAACACGCCGCUUCAUCACCAUCUUCUCCUAAUUCAUCCCAACCAUCUAUUGCUGCGUCUUCUCGAUCUCGUUCCCUAUCAAACGCCACUAAUAUGAACGCGCCUCCCAUGUCCGCCGGAAACCCCCAGACAGCCUUUGUCAAAAUCAAGAUAUUCGAUCGCGUCACUGAUGACCUGAUCGCCAUUCGCGUACAUCCUCGCGUGACGCAUGCUGAACUAUUGGAGAAGGUACAAGCGCGAUUAGGCGGUAACGUCGUCAACCUUCGAUACCGCCAUAGCCUCAGCAACGAUUUCGUCGGCAUCGACGACGACAGAGAUCUGCGAGAAUGGUUGGAUAGCACGGAGAAGCACGUUUUGUACGCUGAAUGAGGACGGACGGACGGACCGUUGUGCGAUUUUGUCGUUUUUUGUUUGUUGUGCAAGUAUCAAGGUUAUAUUUUAGACUUUUUAUUGUAUUCGUUCUACUCUUCCCCUCCUUUACUACUAUCUUUGUCUUUGAGUUCUCUUUAUCUGUGUUGGGCAAAUGUAGCAGUUGUCUUCCGUAGUGUGUUGUUAGGAGUAGUGUGUUUCUUUCAUUCCGGUGUACACUAUGAUUCUUAGUACAGUAAUGGCGCUUCCCUCAUUCUGCAGCUCAUACUACAUAUUCUUGUUUUACCAAAAACAUUGCGAACCAGCAAAUAGGUCCAGCGAACGUU